GUGCGGGUGCACCAAUAUUCUUCUAACAAUAAUAGAAGAUUGAUGAUAAUGCAUGAAUUAUCAGAAAGUCAGUCCCUAAAUCAAAUAAAACUCUUGAGAAAAUAUUUGAAACUUAAAAUAUUAGAAGAUAAUAUUAGAUUUCGGGAUCAUGACAGUGAAAGAAAUCAUGUUUACAAUUUAAUAUCACGUUCAAUUAUGCACGGAGAGUCACAUUCAGCUCUAAUUAUUGGCCCUCGAGGUUGUGGAAAGACUACUCUCAUCAACUCGGUGCUACAACAGAUUUCAAAGGAAGCAGAUAUAGUGAAUGAUGCCCUCAUCAUAAAACUAAAUGGUCUAAUACAUCAAGAUGACAAAAUUGCUCUAAAGUCCAUAACAGCACAGAUGCAAUUAGAAAAUGCUGUCGGUGAUCGUGUAUUUGGUACAUUCGCUGAGAAUCUAAGUUUCCUCCUCAGCUGUCUUACUAGUGGAGCUGAUAGGAAAUGCAAAAGCAUGGUAUUUGUUUUAGAAGAAUUUGAUAUGUUCUGUCACAGUGGACGAACACAGACAUUAUUAUACAAUUUGUUUGAUAUUACACACAGUAAACAAGCACCUAUGUGUGUUUUAGGUAUAACAAACCGCAUAGAUGUCAUGGAAAUGUUAGAGAAGAGAGUCAAAUCCCGUUUCUCGCACAGGCAAAUCUUCCUAUUUCCGAACGAAAAUCAAGAAGGCGUUGAGAAGUCACCUUUAAGUAAAUGCAAAGAAAUCUUUGUUCAAUAUCUCAGCAUGCCAUUGAAUUUAGCCAAGAGAAAUGUUAAAGAGAUAUCAAAGAAACGUAAAGGAAGAAAGUCUAUAGUUAAUGUAGAAGAAAAAAUGGAUGUUGAUACAAUUGACGAUAACCAAUAUGCAAUACCAGAAGAAGUUUUCACAAGAUGCAAAGUGGAUUCUAGCCAAUUCCAAAAUCUGGAAUACGGUUUCAUUGAAUCCUGGAAUGCACAUGUAGAAAGUCUUGUGGAAGAUCAGAAAGUUAUUGAUGCUUUGGAAAAAUUCUCUUACUAUACUGUCAAUGAGCAGCUAUUUAAAGACGUUUUGUUUCAAAUAGUAUCUAAACUGUCUCUAUCGAAGUCAUACAUAGAUGUAAAUGAUAUAUCAUCAAGCAUAGACCACACAGUAUCACCUGAACAUAGAGUUAAGUUGCUGCAAUCUCUGUCCAUAUUGGAAUUGUCUCUGGUCAUUGCAAUGAUGCACGGUAUGGAGAUAUUUGACGGUCAGCCGAUGAAUUUUGAGAUGGUAUUACACAGAUAUACAAAAUUCUCAAACACGAAUUCCUCAACCCAAACAGUACCACGGCCAGUGAUCCUCAAAGCAUUUGAACAUCUACAGGAACUGGAGAUAAUAAUGCCAGUUAAGAACACUGACUCUAUUUACAAUACAGAUACAACAACCAGUCGAGUUCAGAAGGAGUAUAAGCUAUACACACUGGCAGCUCCGUUGGAAGAUAUCAAGGAAGCAAUGAAGGGCUUUAAAGCGCUGCCAACUGAAAUAAAUCAUUGGUUCAACAACUCUGUUUUUUGAAUAAACUUUAUUUUUUGUUUGUCGUUUUUU